AUGUCGUCUUCGGAAUCGUCCGCUUUCCAACCCCCCACAUCGAUCCCUCCACGCACGAGCUCAGCUAGUAUGACCAACAUCGUUAAUGCGCAUCCAUAUGUAGCGAAAAAAAUUAAUGGUCUGAUGUCGAUUCCGGAAACAGGUCGACAGUCGCCCUCCGGCGACCCUCUUCGCACCAACAUGGACGUCUCGCGCGGACAUACGCGCAACCUGUCUAGCGUGGAUGGAACGAAGUACAAGGAUGGCCAGUGGUCCCAAGAGAACGAGAGAAUCUUGAUGGGGCCAUACGACUAUUUGGUGCAGCAUCCGGGAAAGGACAUCCGACGGCAACUCGUCAAUGCUUUUGAUGCAUGGCUCAAAGUUCCCUCAGAGAGUCUUGCAAUCAUUAAUAAGGUGGUGGCGAUGCUCCACACAGCUUCGUUGCUGAUUGACGACGUCGAAGACUCUUCUAUUCUCCGCCGUGGAAUACCCGUGGCACAUAAUAUAUUCGGCACCGCUCAAACUAUCAACUCGGCAAAUUAUGUUUAUUUCUUAGCUCUACAGGAAGUGCAGAAACUGAAUAAUCCUAACGCGAUCAAUAUUUAUGUACAAGAAUUGUUGAAUCUGCAUCGUGGUCAAGGGAUGGAUCUCUUUUGGCGGGAUACGCUGACAUGCCCCAGCGAAGAGGAGUACCUUGAGAUGGUGGGGAAUAAAACCGGAGGUCUGUUUCGACUAGCAGUGAAGUUGAUGCAAGCCGAGAGUAGCACCGGUAGGGAUUGUGUGAACCUCGUCAACGUGAUGGGGUUGAUAUUUCAGAUCUGUGAUGACUAUCUCAAUCUAUCCAAUACCACUUACACCAAGAAUAAGGGCCUUUGUGAGGACCUGACCGAGGGAAAAUUCUCGUUCCCCAUCAUACAUAGUAUCCGCUCAAACCCAAGAAAUCAUCAGCUCAUCAACAUUCUCAAGCAGCGGACAAAGGAUGAAGAAGUCAAGUUGUAUGCGAUAAGCUAUAUGGAGGGCACGGGUAGCUUCGCGCACACGCAGGAUGUGAUCCGGGACCUGCGCCAGAAGGCGUUGGUGCUCAUUGACGAGAUCGAAGCUAGCGGGACUGGCAAGCGCCCCGAGGGCCACGACGACGGUGCAAUGGUGCGAGCGAUUCUCACCAAAAUCACGGAUUCCGCGUUAAACCCCCAUGGGUCCGGCAAAUAA